AUGCAGAGUGUUUCAUUGGGCUAUCCAGCCCUCACUAUCCCAUUUAACAAUGACCAGCCUCUGCCACCGGUGAGCAGGACGGCCAUCAAAGUGACCGAGUCCACCCCGGCCAAGAAAAUCACCUUCUUCAAGAGCGGAGACCCUCAGUUCAGUGGGGUCAGGAUGGCCAUCCACAAGCGUAGUUUCAAGUGCUUUGAUGCUCUGCUCGACGACCUCUCCCACAAAGUGUCACUGCCGUUUGGGGUGCGCACCAUCACCACCCCUCGCGGCACCCAUUGCAUCAACAGGCUGGAGCAGCUGGAGGAUGGAGGCUGCUAUCUUUGCUCGGACCGCUGGCAGGUCAAACCCAUCAGUGUGGAGGCUUUUGAGAGGAAGCAAGCUCCGUGGCAAAGCAGCCACCCAGCCAGCAGCCGCAGGCACCUCUCACGACUAAAGGAGCUCCCAGGGAAACAGGCAGCUCACAGGCACCCCAAGAGGAUUACGCUGGUGAAGAACAGUGACCCAGCAGUGAGGAGGACCAUAAUCCUCAACAAGAUAACUGCCCGCAAUCUGAAGGUCUUCUUGGAGGAGAUAUCUCAACUCCUGCAGUGCACCAUUAGGAGACUUUACACUCUGGAUGGGAGGAAGAUCGACUGCAUCCAGGCUCUUAUGCAGUGCCCCAGCGUUGUGGUUUGUGUUGGCCGGGAACCAUUUAAACCUUUCCUGGCAGAAAGCUUAAGACAAAAUUCUGAGGAGAAACUUCCAGGAUUGGAUGCAAGAUCCUGGACAAGCAUUUGCAGUGAAUUUCACGAAAGCAAGAAGAAUGUCAACUUUGGGCUAGAAACAAAAAAAAGCAUCAUACACCCAAGGUCUGAUUCAAGCAACAGAUCCAUGAGAUUUUCUUUACCAUCUGAGAAGUCUUUGCCCAACAUGUCUCCGAGAAACAGCGGAUAUACUUCUUAUGAGGACACUUUCCCUCAUUCAAAAGAGUCCAUGAUGGAUGAGGACAUAGAAAAGAGAGUGCUUGUAAACAAAGAUGGCAGCCUUUCAGUGGAGAUGAAGGUGCGUUUUCGCUUAUUGAACGAUGAGACUCUUCAAUGGUCAACCCUGAUCAAGAAGUCUUCAUUCACUAACAAAGAUUCCUGCUUAGAGAAAGAGGAUGAGAUGAGCCCAGUAAAAGAAACCAAUUCAGAAGCCUGCUCAGGAGUACAAGCAUUCUGUCACUGUGACACAGAGUCUUACUGUCAAAACUGUUGCAGUCACUGUCACUACGAUAUUUGGAAAAAUCCCAUGCAUGCUGCCCACAGCAGACAAGAAGGCAUUGGUGCCUUAAGGCACAUUACAUCUUCCAGUUCAAGCGCGUCAUCUCAUGGAAGAAUCAUCCACAAAAAGUCAUCAAUGGAUAGUUUCCACACCACAUCUAGUGAAGAGUACACAGAGCAUGUGGUAGAGCAGGCCAUGUGCUAUGCAGAGACUGUUGAGGAAAAGGACACUAGAGUUGAGUACUGCAGCCACGGUGAAUCCUGCUCAACUUCUUCACACAAGGCAGCAAGACCAGAAGGCAGGACAACUUCAGUCAACAGCCAGUGCAUACCCUGCCCUAGUCCUGUUGAAAAUUGUGAGACUACUGCUGUCACACUGAUUUCAGACAAUGAGGAAAAAAGACCCAGUAGCAUCUCAUCUACUUCGUCCAAAGGAUCAGGAAAUGAGACAAUAAGUGUCCAAAUCACAGAAGUUACAGAGGAGGUUGAAUGGCCGAAUUCAACAUCAAGUACUUCCUCAAAUGUUUUGGAAGCACUAAAAGAAGAAAAAGAUGACAAUGGGGAUGAUAGGCCACCAAGCAGUAUUUCCAGAGAUUCUUCACAGUCGAAAAACUGUAAGAAGGUAAAAAAUGAAUCAAAUGAUGAGGCGCGAUCCAGAAGUGUGGCUUCUAGUUGUUCCACUAUCAGCUGUGAGAAGUCACCUUUCCCAAUGCACCAUUUGUCCCCCAGACCAAUAAGCAAGGCAUCAAGCUCUUCCACUUGCUCUAAUAGGUCAAGAAAUAAAAAAUUAUGUGUAGAUCAUUCUGAUGAUGACAGGUGCCUUUCAAUUGUUUCCAGUUUGCCCAAUUGCUCUACUAAGGAGCCAACAGAGGAGGUAGAACAUCAAUCAGCAGGAAGCUCAUUCUCCACUUCAUCCAAACGAUCCAAACCAAAUAAGUCUAGCAAGGUGUUUCUCAGUGAAUCUGACAAAGUAACUACACCAGGGUCAUCUGUAUCUGAGAUACCUGCUGGCCAGGACACAGCCCAAGCAGAAGAUGAGAAUGAUGAAAGGCCAAUAAGUAAUAUGUCUGUUAGUACCAAAGCUUCUGGAAAAUCCAAAAAGUCCAACAAGUUCCUCUGCAGUGGAUCUGAAAGAGCAACAACACCAGCGUCAUCUUCUUCAGAGGUGCCUGCUGGUCAAGAGACAGUACAAGAGGCAAAAGAUGCAAGCAGUGGAAGGCGGGUGAGCAAUAUAUCUGUAAGUACCAGAACUUCUGGUAAAUCCAAAAAGUCCAACAAGUUCCUCUGUAGUGGAUCUGAAAGAGCAACAACACCAGGGUCAUCUGCUUCAGAGGUGCCUGCUGGUCAAGGGAUGCCACAAGAGGCAGAAGAUGCAAGCAGUGAAAGGCCAGUGAGCAAUAUGUCUGUUAGUACCAAAGCUUCUGAGAAAUAUCAAAAGUCCAACAAGCUGCUCUGCAGUGGAUCUGAAAGAGCGACAACACCAGGGUCAUCCGUUUCAGUGGGAGCUGCUUGCGAGGAGAUUGGAAGCAAUGGAAGGCCAAUGAGUGGUAUGUCUGUUAGUACAAAAGCUUCUGGAAAAAGCAAAGCAUGCAAAAUAUGUCAGGAGGAUUGUAGUGAAAAGGUACCAUCUGCUAUUUCUAGCUCAUCGAAAGGGUCAACCCAUAUGAAAAAAGGAACUUCCUCACACGUUUCCUCUUAUUUGCAAGUCAAAUGUAAUGGAAUUAAAUCAACAAACCCCAAAUCUGAUGAUGAGGGAGCUAACUCUGUCAUGUCUAGAUCAACAAGGUACAGUAAUAAAGGAUCCAAGAAACACAUGGAAGAGAAAGACCCAAGUAGAAUCUCAGCUUCUUUGUCUGUUUCGUCACAAAGUUUGCAUUCUCCUUGCCCACCAAAAGGGAAACCUUCUAAGAAAAAUGUGAGGCAAAAAAUAUUGCCGGGCUUUUCAAAAGAAAGUGUUACCACAGAAUCCAUCUCAGCUGCUGAGUUAUUGAGAGAAAAUUCUGGAAACUCUCGACCAACAACAGAAUCUGUUUCAGAGAAAUUAAAAUGCAGCAGAAAUAGCAAAGGGUGUAAAAACAAAAAAAGCAAUAUUCUAAGAAAGAACAAAGAGGAAGACUCUGAACAAAUAUUAGAUGCUAAAGAAUUAGUCCCCUCUGCAUUACCAAAUGCAACGUCAACAGAGGUUGUCCAUGAAUGGCUGAGAAAGAUACCAGCCGACACUUCCAUAUAUGAGUUGGGCGAUAAUUUCCUGGAAGAGUGUGAAGAACCAGUAACAAAACAACAUCAAGGUCAAAUUAGUACAGAGCCGACUUUGGCAACAUCAGCUGCCAAAGAAUUGAUCCCUGAAGAAGAGGAACCAAAGAAAGAACUAGAAAAAUUAGAAGUAAAGAAUACCCAAGAUGAAGAAAAUGUUGAUGUUGCGCAAUGUGCAGAAGACCAAGCAACUGCCAAUGAAUCUCUUUCCAGUACAGUUCCUACUUUCCCCAAUAAAGAAGCCUUACCAAACAGCUGGCAAACUUCAGUGCACGUAAUGAAGGUAUUGCUGAAUCCCAGUCAAGGAACCAAGCUAGAUAGAUGCAACAGCUUGCCUGAGGUAUCGGCAACUUAUGGAAGAAAACUUAACAAUUCAGCCAAAGAAUUACUGGACUGCUUUGUUAAUCUUCAAUUGAGUGAAGAGCCUGUACACUCAAAAGCCAAAGCAAGCAGUGCAAGAUAUAAAGAGCUCAUGAACAUUCUUCAGUCUCUCUGGUUUGGUGAUACUUCUGAAGAUGGUCAACAGAAGAAACUAGAAAAGACAUUUAAAGACCAUCAAUCUACAGAAGAUGAAUUCAACCUGAGGUCCUCCUCGGGGGUGGAUGUUAGUAGUGGUUCUGCAGGCUCUGGAAAGAGCAGCAUUACUGGUGGAGUGGAAGUUAUUCAAUCAGAGAGAAAAUUUGAAAUGAAUGUGGAGGGGAGUGUAACGCCAACUAGACAUGAUUCAUUGCAUGGAAUGCUGGAGGAAAACAAAAUGAAUGAAGAUGAUCAGCACUCAGGACACUCCACACCCAGGUCAAAGCUAAAUGAAAGGUGGGCAGCAGCAUUUUCUAACUCUGCCACGCCAGACAUAGCAAGUCGAGUUCAGUGGAGCCAUGAAAGUGAGGGCAUAGGCUCUGAAGAAGAUAAAGAGCAGAAACAUAUUAGUGAAGAGGACACUAAGAGCAGUGAAACAGCUGAAAUUACUAAGGAAGAAAAAGAAGAGCCAAAUAAGAAUGUGGAUGAAAGCAGAAGUGUAACGGCACCUCAGGAAACAGAAACACGUAUCCAAGAAGAAGACACAAAUAUAAGUGAGAAGGUAGCCAUAUUACCAAAAGGAAAUUCUUCAGAUCCAGAUCCAGUUUGGGUCUUAAAUUUACUUAAGAAACUAGAGAAACAGUUCAUGACACAUUAUAUGAAUGCAGUGUCAGACUUCAAGGUCAAGUGGAAUUUAGACAGCAGUGAACAGCUUGAUAUAAUGAUAAAUGACUUGAAAGAAGAGGUUUGCAUGAGAAUCCAAACAACCAUUGAUAGAGAGCUUAAGAAGAUCCAAGGAAGAGCUGGCAGGAUGCCACACCCUCCUCCAAACACAAUUAUACGGGAGUCAACAGCAAGAACUGAACAAAUGAGACUGCGGUGGAAGGUCAUGAACAGACGAUCAGUCAAAGGAUCCAUUGAAAGAAGUGAUAAGAAUUACACUUUCAGUGGUAUAGAGUUUAGUGAACAACACAGUGAAGAUGAAUAUUGCCCUUGUGACUCCUGUAUGAAGAAGAAAAUGAUUGACAGGCCAGCACAGCCUGUAGUUUCAACAAGUGUUUACAUUCGGAAGGAGUAUGAUCUGAGGCAAAUUCUUUGUAUGAGGAAGAAUAAUGCUGAGAAUGACAGUGAUGAAGCCCAAGCGCAGGAAAAAGAUGACGAGGCAGAAAAACUAGAGGUUGAUGAUGAUGAAAGUGAAGAAGAAAUAGAUGGUGCUCUUGAAAAACAGGUAGUUGAAGAAGUGACACUUGAAGAAGAAAGUGAGCAAAGGGAUAAAGAAUCAUCAGCAGAGGAAGAAAAUGGUGACAUAGAUGUAGAAAACCAAGAAGUAGAAUUAGAAAAAACUGAAGUAACAGAUACAAAAGAUAAUGAAGAAGCUCUGGCUGAAGAAGAUGAGGAUGCAGUAGAUGAAGAAAAACAAGAUUUGGAAAAUGACGUGGGUGGAGAUGAAAAAGCCACAGCUGAAGUAAAUAAUGAAAAGCACAAUGAAGACAAAGAAGUUUGUGAAGCAGAUGCAGAAAACCAAGAGACUGAGGAGGAAAUCCGAGAAGAUAGUGUUGAAAAAGGACAAGAAACUGAAAAAAACGAGGAGACACAGGAAAAUGAAGCUCAAGCAGAUGAAGAUGGUGGUGAUGUAGAUGCUGAGGAUUCAGAUGAGACUGAAGUUCAAAAUGAUAAUAAUAAAGAGGAUGCAUACAAGGAUGAAGAGGUGGAGGAUAAAGAUGAGAAAGAAGAGGAGCAGGAAGACAAAAAGGAGGAAAAUGAAGUCACCGAUCAAGCAGAACCUGGUGAGCAAGCAGAAGCUUAUGAUGAGGGAAAUGUAGCAUCAGAAAAAGACAAUGUUGUGACAAAGGAAUGUGACCAGCAGCAAGAUGAAGAUGAGACUCAAGGCACUGAAGAAUAUAAUGAAAUUGAAGACAAUCCACAAAAUGAGAAUAAAGAGUCUCAAGAGAGUGAGGAAGAAGAGGCUUUUGAAAAAAAUCAUAAAAGCAGUGAGAAAAAUGAAAACAACAGUGCUGAAGAGGAAGAAGAGAAUGCAGACACAGAAGGAAAUGAGACAAGUCAGAAUAAAGAAACUGUUGUGAACAAAAGCCUAUUUAAUCAGAUGACAAAAUCAUCUAUUGAAUCCCAACAAGGAUCGAUGGAGAACUCCAUAGAUAAAGAAAUGGUGAGCGAUAAUAAGAACAAAAAUACUGCCAGCAGAAGCUCAGGGAGUUCAGGUGCCAAGCCCAGCCAGAUGUAUCCUGAGUCAUCCUCAGAAGAGGAGAAAAGGGAAUCUGGGUGCAAUAGCCCUGAAGGGAACCAAAAUAAUGCAGUUUCUGCUAGUGAAAAAGAAGAAAAGACUGUGACUUCUGAUAAAAGCAAAUCUACCAACACAGAAAAGCCAAAAGAAAGUAGCAUUGAUCAAGAUGAGUUUGACUUCUAAGAAGAAGAAAAAAACAGUUAAUAUUACAAUAUAGUGUUACAUUAAGCACUUUAUAUUCCCAGUGUUUAUGUGAAUUAAAUGUAUACAUAGAAAUUUGAAAAAUGUUGUAUGCAUAUCACAGGGUUAAAUGUUUUUACACUUUUUUGUGUGUAUAAAACAAGGGAUAAUGGCAAUGUUAACAGAACAGAACACUUUUUUUCUAAUAAGUUGAUUUUAAAGAAAAUACGUUUAGUUAUUUUAAUUUCUGUAGAGAAAUACCAUCUUUGGACUGGAAAUAGACAUGUUAUUACAUUUGAUAAGCCUUAGCCAUUGUGAAUCAGAGUUGCAGUCAGAUAAAGUCCAACAUUUUUGGCAACAGUCAUAACGCAUUAGUCUAGUAUUGCAUUUAUGUUCUAAUGCUUUUGAAGUACUGCCCUAUGUUUGGUACCACUUCUAUUAAAGUCAGUGACUCGUACAGGACAGAUGUAAAGCAAGGUAGAUAAAAUGUGCAGCACGUGCAGUGAGAACCUUGCUGCAUCAUUAUAAACAUUUUACUUAGGAUUUCUCCUCAUCAUCAUCUUUACAAACCUGAUUUAGUUUUUAACAUGGCUCUCUUAUCAUUUCUUAUUACUAAUACUA